CUCCGGGCUUGAACUUCUCGGGUGUCCACCUCGCUCCUCCUCGGCUCCUCCUCGCCUCUUCCCCGGUUCUUCCUCCUCCUCUUCCCCGCGGAUGUGAUGUAAACACGGCCCCUCAGCUCCGUCUCCAGCCCCGUGCCCGUGUCCGAGCCCCACACCGAGUUAACGACGCCUCCUCGGGCUCCACGCCGCUUCCAGGCCGCUCUCCAGCCCUCUCCUCUGGGCGUGUGACCUCACCAAGGACCGUUACUUGAGCUCCAGGAUGAACCGCUGAGGACCGAGUGUGCGCGCUGAGCCAGGCCGAGCACAGCGCUCCGUGAGGCGGCUACACACGGACCGAGGCCCCGCUGCUGCUGGAGCGACAAAAAGAACAGAGAUGUAGUCCGGUUGUGAUCCUGGUCUUGCUGGAGAACCAUGCUCCUGUGUCUGCUGCUGCUCUUCACUGCUGCAGCCUCUGGACAGAUCGACCCAAGUCUGUGCAGGUACGCUCUGGGUUUGGAGGAUGGACGAAUCAGAGACGAGGCCCUGAGCGCCUCCAGCCAAUGGCAUUUCACCACUGGGCCUCAAUACGCCAGGCUCAACCGCGAGGAAGGCGAUGGAGCCUGGUGUCCUCAAGUCGCCUCUGACUCCCAGUACCUACAGGUGGACCUGGGCCGACUGACAUUCCUCACUAUGGUGGGCACUCAGGGACGAUACGCUCACAGCUCGGGGAAUGAGUUCGCCCGAGCAUACCGCCUUAACUACAGCCGCGACGGGGUUUUGUGGAAGUCCUGGAAGAACCGCCAGGGAAACACGGUCCUGGAGGGAAAUACAAACGCGUAUGCCUCCGUGUUAAAUGACCUCCACCCUCCUGUGAUCACGCGCUUCGUCAGAGUGCUGCCUGUGCCCAGACAAGCCACCACCGUCUGCAUGAGGCUGGAGCUGUACGGCUGCAACUGGACAGACGGUCUGGUGUCGUACUCAGCUCCAGAGGGACAGAUCAUGACUCCUCCUGGUUUCCCUGUGGUCAGCCUCAACGACUCCACCUACGACGGCUCACGACAGAGAGGGCGGUUGGUGGGAGGCUUGGGGCAGCUGACUGAUGGAGUGACCGGUCAGGACGACUUCCUGUCCACACGGCAGUACCAGGUUUGGCCCGGAUACGAUUACGUCGGCUGGAAAAACCAAUCCCUUGCCCAAGUGGACAUUGAGUUCACCUUCGAGAAGACCAGAAACUUCACCCACAUGAAGGUCCACAGUAAUAACAUGUUUUCUCGUGGUGUGAAGAUCUUCUCGUCAGUGUCAUGUGCGUUUAAGCCCCGUCUCCAGGGUCCUUAUGGGGCUGAGCGUGUGGCAUUCAGGACGGUUCUGGAUGACCGAAACCCGAGUGCCCGCUAUGUGACGGUGCCUUUAGGGCGCGCAGCCAGGGUCGUACACUGCAGCUUCACCUUCGCAGACAUGUGGAUGAUGUUCAGCGAGAUCUCCUUCCACUCAGAGGACGCCGUUGUCACAGAGACACCUCCGAGCGAAGAAGAGAAGACCACCUCAGCCCCGGUGCUCGAUCUGACUGCCACUGUGUCUCCCCAGUCAGUGGCGAAUGCAUCGUCUAGCCCCGCCCCUGAAGACAGGAGCUCACCCGUUCUUAUUGGCUGCCUCGUGUCCAUCAUCCUGCUCCUGUUGGUGGUGAUCUUCUUGAUUCUGUGGUGUCAGUGUGUCUGCAAAGUCCUGGAGAAGGCGCCACGCAGGAUCCUGGAGGAGGAGGUGACGGUGCGACUGUCCUCCUGCAGCGACACCAUCGUCCUGCAGACCCCCCCUGUGCCCCCCCGCAACGUCCACACACAAGGGGUGAACUCUGACCCUCAUUACGAGCGCGUCUUCCUAUUGGACCCUCAGUACCAGAACCCGGCUCAUUUGAGAAACAAACUCCCCGAGCUGUCCCAGAGCGCAGAGGCCUCAGCCCUCCUUCUGGGUAACCCUCUGUACGACCUGCUGCUCCUCACUUCCUGUCACAUGACCUCUGAUCCCUUCAUUUCCUGUCAGCUGACCGCGGGCUGGCUGCGUGCAUGCGGAGGAGGGUAUGCGGAGCCGGACGUGACCCAGUGCACUCCUCACCAGAGCUUCCAGGCCUCAGCUCCUCACUACGCGGAGACGGACAUCGUGAGGCUGCAGGGGGUCACAGGGUCAAACAUGUACGCUGUCCCCGCCCUCACCGUCGACUCCCUCACGCGCAAAGACAUCAGCGCCGCAGAGAUCCCCCGACACAGACUGCUCUUCAGGGAGAAGCUCGGGGAGGGGCAGUUUGGAGAGGUGCACCUGUGCGAGGCGGAGGGUUUGCUCGAGGUCCUGGGCUCCUCGCGCUCAGACUCUCGCUCUGUCCUCGUCGCAGUGAAACAACUAAGACCAGACGCCACCAACCAGGCUAGAAAUGACUUCCUGAAGGAGAUAAAGAUCAUGUCUCGGCUGAAUGACCCAAACAUAAUCCGUCUGCUGUGUGUGUGCGUGACCUCUGACCCCUUGUGCAUGGUCACUGAGUACAUGGAGAACGGUGACCUCAACAUGUUUCUGUCCCAACGUGAGAUUGAGAGCACGCUGACGCAUGCCAACAACAUCCCCUCUGUCAGUCUGUCGGAGCUUCUACACAUGUCGGUCCAGAUUGCCUCGGGGAUGAAAUACCUCGCAUCUCUGAACUUUGUGCAUCGAGACCUGGCCACGAGGAACUGCCUCCUGGACCGAAGACUCACCAUCAAAAUCUCCGACUUCGGAAUGAGCCGGAACCUGUACAGCAGCGACUACUACAGGAUCCAGGGAAGAGCCGUGCUGCCGAUACGAUGGAUGGCCUGGGAGAGCAUCCUGCUGGGUAAGUUCACCACGGCCAGUGACGUGUGGGCGUUCGGAGUCACUCUGUGGGAGAUGUUCACUCUGUGUAAGGAGCAGCCGUAUUCUCUGCUGUCCGACGAGCAGGUCAUCGAGAACACUGGAGAGCACUUCAGGAACCAGGGACGACAGAUUUUCCUGUAUGCUCCUCCGCUCUGUCCUCCCUCUCUGUUUGAACUCAUGAUGCGCUGCUGGAGCCGAAACAUCCAGGACCGGCCCACCUUUGAGGGUCUGUACCAGGCGCUUAGACCCCACGCCCAGUGACCAGAGGAACCAAUCCAAGGAACCAGGCGAAAGAACCAAAAGGAACCGGGCCAAAGAACCAGAAACACAACCAAAACUCCACCAAAAUUUUACCAAUCCACUCUGAAUGCUGCAUCCACUCAUUUCAAACAGUAACUCGCAAAAAAGAAUCGGUAACAAGUCCAAACUAAAACUGAGAAGAAACGAGAAGCAAACCAUCACCAGAACAUCACCAAAACAUCACAAGAAUUUCACCAAAACUUCACUGAAAUAUCACCAAUUUACUCUCAACGGUUUAGUCCUAAAUCAGGUCUGAAUCAGCUGACGGAACUCUCUCCUUUUGCGUCUCACCGUUCACCUGGUUCUGUUUCUGAAAAUGGCUGCUCUCCUCUCUCCUCUGUGUUUCCUUCUCUUUGUCCCUCUCCUCCUCCUCUCUCCUCCCCGUCUUCCCUCCUCGGCUGUGUCUGCAUGUCCACCCUAGCCCCUAAUCCUUCAAACAGUACACAACUCUUCCCUCUUUAGUGGACUCUACAGAGCCUCAUUCACAGAGCUCACUGCAUUUGGACAGUCACAUAACUCAUGAAACAAUGUUUAUUUAAGAGUGGUUUAUUCAUAAUCACAAGACAACAGUACAUUAAAACAAAAGACCUGUCGCUGUUGGUAUUCCGACUCCCACAAUCCAUUGUGGUAUAUACUGACCAGUCUAGUGGCCAGCACCGGACACUACUUUUCAAGGUGCAUUGUGAGAAACUUUUGAGUGCACUACUUUUUCACUCACUGGACAUUCGGACAGAACUAAACCUGGCGUGACCCUAAAUAAGGAGGGGAGGGUGGACAUUUCGAUAUAGCCCUGUCACUGUCCAAUUUCACCCCUUUUAAACCCGUUUCACUUUUUAAAAUGUGUUUAUUCUGUGUUCUGCCGCUGUAGCCACACGUAUUGCGAAGCUGAAUGUGUUCAUAUCAAAGUUCAUUUAUUCUUAGAACUAGAAAUUAACACGAUCGUAUCUGACCAGAAUCUUUAAAAUUCUAAAACAGUUUGUCUCAGUUUUCUAAAGUUUAUAAACAGUUUAAAUACAGAAUUUUCACAGACUUUAAGCAAGAAUUAUUAGUAAAACUGUUUAUAUUUGAAGAGGAAAUUUGAUCCAACAAAUCUCAAAGACGAAGUUCAUCCUAAGUACGGGCACUACAGCUACUUCAUUGCUUACGCCAAAGUAUCUGGGCAUGCUCAGUACUGUGCCAAAUCAGCAAAUGACCAGCCCUCCUCUCUCGUCAUGGCAGACAUUUUGUUUUGUAGGACAUUUGUUUUAUGGACUUUAUGGCGCCAAAGGUGCUGCUGUUUCUCGGAGCGUCUCUGGAUGGAGUCGCUGCAGUUUCCUCCUGUGGUCUUAAACAUUUGUACUAUUUUAAUGUUAAGCACUGUUUGUCAUUACCGAUCAUCGCUAUAUUAGCCACACUGGAGCUAGGGCUAGUGUUUAUAGAGUUUAUUUUUCUUAUUAUUUCUGUAAUAUUUGUGUCAUUUUGUGAAUGUGUUAAACCUGUGGGUGAAGGGACAAGGCGAGUUUUUAAGAAAUAUUUUUGACCAGAAAGAGCUAAAGCAAUCGUUUCAUUUGAAUAAAACUGUA